GAGGAUGGAGGGGGCGGCUGGGGAUUACAAAGGGCUGGAGAGGAUUUCAUCAGCAGCAGCAUUAGUGAUUCUGACCACAGGCCACAGUGCGCUGCCAGCAGGGAGCCCGCAAUGCUCAGGCAUUGCAAAGGGGCCCGAAAGACCCCCGGCGAGCUGAUGGCACCCCCCCUCCAUCCAAGCAGCGUUUGUACAGGGAAACUUGUGUGUGUUUAUUUAUUGAUGGAGGGGAGGGGUCUAAAGAUAGCGGUUCCAUCCCAAAAUGAGGUAAUCCACAGGAACAAGAAUCCCUGCACUGCUUCUCUGCCUGCUACCGCUGCUCUCCUGUGGGGCUGCAGCAGUGCCGACAGCUCAGUGCUGGGCACGGUCUGUGGGCAGCGGGGAGCACUGAGGUGAACAUCCCCCCUUCCCUCUACGUUCGUUCUCUCCUCUUCUCUCAGCCGGCCGUGCUGCAGCAGCAGUGCAUGAAGGACAGAUCGCGGGGCGGGUGGGAGAAGGGCGGGCAACACACGGCCCAUCCAUCGCCACAGGCGCCGCCUCAGCCGCCCCGGCGCUCCGCCGCCGCGCACCGCCCGCGCCUCGCGCUCUCCCCUCAGGCACAAAAUGGCGGCGGCACUCAGCGCCUCGUUCCCGCGCGGUGGCAGCGGGGUAGGAACCUUCGCGGCGCGGAACUUGCGGGCGCGGGGAGCAGUUUCCGGGCCGGCCCCACCGCCAUGGCCGAGGGCUCGGCGGAGCUGGAGCUGUUCCGCCGGCGAUGGCGAGAGGAGCUGGCGGCGGGCGGCAAGAAGCGGAGGUGGGAGGCGGCGGAGGGGCCCGGCGGGACGGGGAGGGACGGGUCGGGCUGCCUGGCGUUGGCCUGCGGCCUGCUGGACGGCGAGAGCCCGGCCCCGAGCAGCCCUCCGCCCGCCCGGCCCCGCGAGGAGGCCGCGAGGGAUGAGGCCGACGACCUGCUGGGACAGCUCAUCCGAGACCUGAAUGAAAUCAAUGAGGUUCCUUUCUUUGAUGUCCAUCUGCCGUAUGAACUGGCAUUGAAAAUAUUUCAGUAUCUGGGAAAGGCUGAACUGGGAAAGUGUGCUCAGGUCAGCAGAACAUGGAAAGUGCUCGCAGAAGAUGAAGUGCUGUGGUACCGGCUGUGCCAACAGGAAGGAUACCUGUUGGGUGUGAGCAUCUCUGAUCAGCCCUGCUGGAAGCUGGCCCUGAAGGACUGCCGUGCCAAAGAGCGUGCUCUGCGAACCAACUGGAAGAACCGCAGUGGUGCUGUGAGUCAGCUGCAGUACGAGCUGGGAAAAAUCCUGUGUGAUGUACAUUCUUGUGAUGGAGUUGUUAUUGCUGGAUACACAUCGGGGGAAGUGAGGUUGUGGGACACGCGCACCUGGGACUACACAGCCCCCAUCCUGGAACCAGUGCAGGGUCCUGGUGAUGCUGGACCUCAGCCACAUGUCUCCUUUGUGAGGAUAAACAGCUCUCUGGCUGUAGCAGCUUACGAGGAUGGUACUGUGAGUGUUUGGAGCCUGAUGGUGGGGCGUGAGCCAAUCCAUCGCUACCAGCAUAACCAGAGGAUACAGGCUUUAGCUCUGGGUUCCAAGGGUGCAACAGUAGCAACAGCAUCUGGCUUAGAGGUCAAGGUGGAAAGCCCUGAUGACAGGGGAUUCUGGCAAACUACAGGAACAUUCGAAAUCCAGAAGUUGGUGAACUUCCUUCAUCUGGUUCCAGAGGUCUGGGGCAGUCCGGUGGCAGUAGCAGCUGCAGAAGAUGUUGUCUAUCUGCUGAAAGGAGAAGACCCUGGGAAAAUCCUUCAUUCUGUCUAUGGUCAGCCUGUCACAUGUCUUGAUGUCUCUGCUCAUGAAGCAGCCUUUGGGGUCAAAGGCUUUGGCUGGAUACUGAAUGAGCCCAACCAGGUUCUUCUUUACAACCUGGAAACGAGUCAGUGUCUAAGGAAGCUAGGCAACUCCAUGGGUGACUUUACAUGCGUCAACCUCCAGGACAGUCCUCCAAACAUGCUCGUUACAGGCAAUAAAGACAGAAGGGUCAGGGUGUACGACCUGCGCGGGAGCGAAGCGCUGUGCUCCCUGUUUGCCCACCGCCUGGGGGUGUCUGCAGUGCAGAUGGACGACUGGAAGAUCGUCAGUGGGGGAGAAGAUGGGCUGGUGUGUGUGUGGGACCAGCGGAUGGGCGCCAAGCUCUGGGAGAUGCACGCCAGGCAUCCGGUGCGCUAUGUGUGGUUUAACUCUCACAGCCUCAUCACUGCCAACAUCCCUGAUGAGAAAACGCCCCGCGGUGCCAGCAUCAUGGACGACGACCUCACUGCACACCGCAGGCAUCGUGGGAUCAUCUAUGCCUACGAGUUCUCUGUGGACCAGCUGGCUGUGGAGAGCGUCCUCCCCAUCUGCCGCUCUUCCUACGACGAGGUGAUGGGUUACAACUACAACAUCAGCCUUGCAGUGCCUUACGACCACAUCUAGCUAACUCACCUGGCUCAGCACUCUGCCACAUGAGAGGCUGAAGGCAGAAGGGCGACUCGGAGGGGCUGAGCACCAGCAGGACUUGUUGGUUGCAGGUGGGAAGCACUGAGCUUUAGCUGAAAACAUGGGGCUGUGAACCACAGCAGAGCAGGGCUGCCCUCAAGCUGAUUGCUAGAGCGUGUUGUGCAAGGGUCCAGAGAUCCUCUGCAGAGGAGCAGGGAGACUGGAGGAUGAGGGGGAACUGUGCGCUUUGAUGUGAACGGAAGUGUUCUGUCCUGCUGCUUGUGGGAGGAAUGCUGCAGAUCCCAUCCUGGCAGAGGGCAUGGGCUGCUCGGGAGGCAGGAAUCCUGAUGGCAAACUGCUGAGAUGGGAGAGAGCAGCAAGGAGGGCACGGCCUGCAGGUGCCUUUCCUGGGGGAGGAAAAAUGGGAUUUGGAGAAAGCACCUUGCUGAGCCCAUGUGUCUGGCACUGCUUUCCUAAUGAUGAGCUGCUGUUUGAGUGCAUCGGGAUGUGUCCAGAAACAGGCAGGGGCACUGAAGAUGAUGGGGCUGAUGAGGAGAUGAAUGUUGGCCGUGUCCGGCCUGGAUGACUGGAAACCCACAGCAAGUCACACACAUAGCAAUGGUUUUAAAGCAAAUUAUUUUUUUAAUUCUCUACAAUUCUAAAUUAAAUAUUUUCUGAUUCUUUA